AUGGCUCAAGGUGAGACACCUACGGCUCCUCCACUGGAAGCUGUAGACUUCUGCACUCUAGGCAUGUUCAUUCUGGACGAUAUCGAGUUCGGUGACACCAGACCACCCGUGAAGAAUGUCAUUGGAGGAGCCGCAUCUUUUGCCGUUGUGGGAGCACGUCUAGUGGCCGGCUCUAUCCAUGCACAAUCUGUGAGCUGGAUUGUGGAUGUUGGGUCGGAUUUCCCGCCAGAGACUCUGGCUGCUAUCAAGUCAUGGGGUACAAAUUGUGUAGUCAGAGAAGAUCAUACCAGGUUAACGACAAAGGCCUGGAAUGGAUAUCACCCAGAUGAAAAAAGGGAUUUCAAAUACCUUACACCCAAGCUGAGAUUGGAGCCGUCGAUGCUCUCAGACUCCCAAAUAUGGUCCCGAACAUUCCAUAUGGUCUGUUCAGCCACCCGUUGUAUGUCUAUUGUACAAGAAAUCUUGCAGCGACGUGAAAAACUGCGGCAAGCAGGAAGGGUGCCAUCAAGAGCGGAUACCUCGCAACGGCCAGCCUUCGUGUGGGAGCCAGUGCCCGACCUCUGUACACCAGAGGAGCAAGUUAACUUCUUUGCUGCAAAUCGUGUCGUGGAUGUUGUAAGCCCGAAUCACUUGGAAUUGGGAUUCAUGUUUGGUCAACCUGGGUGGGCUGCAGAAAGUGAACAGGGCCAACAAUUGGUCCAAAAGAUCAUGGAGUCUGGAAUCGGGCCUACGGGGGACGGUUGCCUUGUGGUCAGAGCUGGGAAGGAUGGUAGCUAUGCCUACUCUAGGGAUCAGAAGAUAUGGCUUCCAGCAUACCACCAGCCAGAUAUCUCGGGAGCUACAGCGGUGAUUGAUCCCACGGGUGCUGGUAACUCAUUCCUCGGGGCACUCGCCCAGGGAGUAAUUAGUGUAGGACGAGAACCAUUCGAAAUUAUCGGUUCUAUACUUUCGUCCUCGCCGCGAUGGAAGGAGGCUCUGGCCUUCUGGGAACGGCGUCAGGCUCUUCCUCCAGCGCUGAUCUGCGCAACUGUUGCAGCGGGGUUCGUGGUGGAGCAGAUUGGGGUACCUCGGCUUUCCAUGGAAGAUGGUAGGGAGUUGUGGAAUCAGACUGAAUUUACGGAACGAGUCCGUCUGUACACGCAGCGAUUAUUGAACACAUUGGAAGAGUCUCCUCAGAGACACCUAUUGACCAAUUGA